UAGUACCUUAGCUUGUCUCGUCAGUCCGAUCCAUCCAUGGCGGCGAAGCUCGUCUACCUCAUGACCAUCAUGCCGCUUCUACUGCCUCUCCGCGGACAGUGUGGAGCCGCUGCGACAAGCUGCCGUCAUGUCGGCGCCGGAGGAGCUGCUGCAGCAGCGGGUAGGAGCUCCGGCGGCCAGGCGGGGAAGACGCAGCGGCAGCGGCCGCAGGUGGAGGGGAUGUUCGUGUUCGGGAGUUCGCUGGUGGACAACGGCAACAACAACUUCCUCAACGGCUCCGGCGUGCGCGCCGACUACCUCCCCUACGGCGUGGACUUCCCGCUGGGCCCCUCAGGCCGCUUUUCCAACGGCCGCAACGUCAUCGACGCGCUCGGCGAGCUCCUCGGCCUCCCGGGGCUCGUCCCGCCCUUCGCCGACCCACGCACCCGCGGCCGCGCCGCGCUGCACGGCGUCAACUUCGCCUCCGGCGGCUCCGGCAUCCUCGACCACACCGGCAAGCUCACCGGCGAGGUGGUGAGCCUGCGCCAGCAGAUCAGCAACUUCGAGGCGGUGACCCUCCCCGACCUGCGGGCCCAGCUGCGCGGAGCGGCGGCGACCGCCGGCGACCACAGGAUCAAGCGCCAGGAUUCCUUCCAGCGAUGCUACCUGUCCAAGUGCCUCUUCAUCAUUGGGACAGGUGGCAACGACUACCUGCUCAACUACUUUAACCCCAGGAAGAAUGGCACCGAGGGUGGGACCCCCUUGCCAGAGUUCACAAGGUCUCUCAUCACCAAGCUCUCGCACCAUCUUCAGAGGCUCUACGCUCUGGGCGCGAGGAAGUUUGUGAUCUUCUCGAUCCAGCCGACCGGGUGCACCCCCGUGGUGCGCGCGUUCCUCAACAUCACCGGCGCCGCGUGCAUCGAGCCGGUGAACCACGCGGUGGCGCUCUUCAACUCGGAGCUCCGGCGGCUGGUCGACGGCGCGAGGUCGCGCAUGCCCGCCGCCAGGCUCGCCUACAUCGACUCGUACAGGAUCAUCAAGGACAUGCUGGACCACCCCGCCAAGCACGGCGUGAGGGAGACGGGCAGGGCCUGCUGCGAGAUGUCUCGGAGCUCGUCGGGCGUGCUCUGCAAGAAGCAAGGGCCCGUGUGCAGGGACCGGACGGAGUACGUGUUCUUCGACGGGCUGCACCCGACGGACGCCGUGAACGCCAUGAUCGCGCGCAAGGGCUACGGCUCCAGCUCGCCGGAGCACGCCUACCCCAUCAACGUCAGGAAGCUAGCCAUGCUGUAG